GAACUAAAACAAUGAGGACCAGGAAGCCUCUCUGCCCCAUAGAAAAGGUGUGGGUAGACAAGCACAAAUACGAUGAAGCGGAGAGACUGCAUUAUGAAAGAGAAGCAAUGUUGGCCACCGUGGUCCCAGAGGAGUGCCUGGAGCUGGAGGCUGUCAAUGGGGUCUGCAAUGAUGAUUCCACUGAAGGUGAACUCAAGGGAGACCUGAAGAAAGGCAAAAAUGGCAAGAAACAAAGGAAGAGGAAACGUUCACCCAAACCCAAAAAUAUGGUCUCCCAGGUAGACUCUGUUUUGAGUGGCUUAUUAGCUGACAGUGUGUGGUUUGACAAGCCUUUGUAUGAUCAUGCUGAGAGCUUGUAUAGGCAAAGAUUAGUGGAUUGUCAAUACCAGGAGGCAGCAGAGACUGAGCUGCCUGAAUCAGAAGCUGUCCAAGAUGCUCCCAAGCCAUGGAUGCUUCCAGCAGCCCUAUCCUGCUCCCACGGCAACCUGAGUGCGUGUCACCACGUCGUUCAGGGCAUCUGGGUCAACAAGUUUGACUUUGAUAAGGCUGAGAAGGCGUUCCUUGAAAGGUCGCAGUUCUUUGUUCCUCCAAACAUCCUCGCCAUCCCCUCUGUGUGCUCAGAUGGUGGGAAAGUAGGGCUGGGAACGCCGGAUGAAGGCUAUGUGACAGCGCUGCCUACGCCUGCUACACCCAACUUAGUUCCUGAUGUUGUUAAUUCUGCUCCCCUCGUUAGCAGCUCGCCUCGCUCUGCAGAGCCCACAGUCAACGGUAAACCUCAGGCUUCCAGCUUGCAAGCUCUCAUGUCAGAGGUGUGGUUGGAGAAACCUCUCUACGACGGCGCUGAGAAAAGCUUCUAUGAGAACAUGUUUGAUAAUCACCCACCGGGCUCCCCCCAAGCCUCGGAGAACCACCAGGAGGUUGGGAAGCAAGAAGGUGCUGAACAGGUGGAGCUCAGCAGCAGCUCUCAGCAGCCUCCACCCACCUCCUUUUUCCUGCAUGAGGACAGUGAGCGUGUGUGGCUCAAGAAGAUGACGUACGACAGCGCUGAGUCGCGCUACUACGCGGCUGAAGCUCUGAAAAUGUCGAGAGCAAAAGAGAUGCCACAACCCACAGUGGUGAAAUCCCAGCCAGAUGCUGAGGCUCCGAGUAUACCUGCACCAGAAAAGAAAACAAUGGCAGUUGACUUCCUUCUGGAUGAGAAGAUCUGGUUUGAGAAGUUUAAGUAUGAUGAUGCUGAGAGAAGGUACUACGAGCAGCAGGUGAACGGGCCGGCCGGCAGCUCUUCACACCAGCAGGAGAACGGAGCCAGCACGAUCCUCCGCGACAUUGCCAGAGCCAGGGAGAAUAUCCAGAAAUCGCUGGCCGGACAGAAGACAGUUCCACGUAGUAAAGAAGCUCCUGCCCGUCAAAAAAAGCAGUCAGGCCGCUCAACUAGUGCAAGCACGAGUUCUGGGCCUGGUGACCAAAAUGAACUUCUUUCCAGAAUCUCUCACUUGGAGGUAGAAAAUCAAAACCUUCACAGUGUUGUUGCAGAUCUUCAGAAGGCCAUCUUCAAGCUGGAAAGUCGCCUAAAUGCUCUGGAAAAAUCUACCUCCCAUCAACCCUCACCUGUUCCACCAACCCAGAAAGUGGAGCCAUUUGGUGUUCCCUCCAAGAAAGUAGAGCUGCCAUCUGCUUCACCUGUGAAAAAAGCUGAGCCAGCUGCUGCAGAGGAAGAUGAUGAUGAUGACAUCAACCUUUUUGGCAGCGAUGACGAAGAGGAAGAUCAAGAGGCUGCCAAAGUGCGGGAGGAGAGACUGCGUCAGUAUGCAGAGAAGAAGGCCAAGAAACCAGGUCUCAUUGCCAAAUCUUCCAUCCUUCUGGACGUGAAGCCGUGGGAUGAUGAGACUGACAUGGCGAAGAUGGAGGAGUGUGUGCGGUCUGUCCAAAUGGAUGGGCUCGUGUGGGGAGCAUCUAAGCUGGUCCCAGUAGGUUAUGGCAUUAAGAAACUCCAAAUCCAGUGUGUAGUGGAGGAUGACAAAGUUGGGACAGACAUCCUGGAGGAGGAGAUCACCAAGUUUGAGGACUAUGUGCAAAGUGUUGACAUUGCUGCUUUCAACAAGAUCUAGAAGCAAAACUAUCCUCUCUGAUACUGUAACUAAUAAAAGAUCAAGGAGUGCAGAUCAGA